UUCUUUCAUUGAAACUAUUAUUUUCAGUGGCUUAAGUCAUCAAAAAAAUUAACUAUGUCUUUGAAAAUGAACUUUUUAAUAAUAACUUCUAUAUUAGUUUUAACAAUUUUUGUCAAAAUGGUCCCUGCUCCUGAGAAAGAAAACAAUGAAGUUAUAAAGACACCAUUGGAAGUUCAUAGAAACAAUUCAGCUGAACUGAAACUACCGGAAAGAAAUUCAAUCGUCAUUGGCAUGUUUGAUAAUGUACGCAAAUCAGAAUAUGCAAACAAACAUAUAUUGUAAGUUGUGAAGAACUAUACGAAUUUAAUGAGAUGAACAAAAAGGAAAUCGCAGAAUACUCUGAAAAAAUUAUAAAAUGUGAAGAACUUUACAAAAAUAGUGAUAUGAAUAAAAGCGAUAUCGUUGAAUACUGUGAAAAAAUUAGACUUGAACAAAAGCCAGAUAUAGCAGCUACUAUAUUAUAUAUCAAGGAUACUCUUAAACGAUAUAAUACAUAUUAUCCAGAUAUAUCUAUUGGUUCAAAUGUGUUUAUUAAUUACUCGUCAAUGAAGAAUAAUAAAGACGAUCCAAAAUUACUGGAAGAAAUGACAGAGUUUAAAAAUAUCAAAGAAAAGGAUUUGAGAGGGUUAUUUCAAGCCGUAACUUCUUGUUACCUAAUAGAUGAUCCAUACAACAAAAUAUUGAUCCCAUCGAGAACUUUAUGUAUGUAUUUAUUAUUAAAAUUGUAUAUAUUUAUUUAA